AUGGAGAAGAUCAUUAAGAAGGCCUUGAUGCAGUUCCUCGAGCAGCACCACCUCCUCUCGGAUGCACAACACGGCUUUCGAAGUGGUAGGUCCUGCCUCACGAAUCUGCUCUUUACGCUCGAACGCUGGACCAAAGCACGCGAUGAAGGUAGUGUGGUGCACGCCAUCUACAUCGAUUUCAAAAAGGCCUUCGACAUUGUUCCCACCAACGUCUCUUGCACAAACUACGCAACGCUGGAAUUCGUGGACGCCUUCUUGUAUGGAUCCUGA